UCUGGUUUCUGCUUGCUUUGGGCCGCAUCUUGGUCAGGAGCACUAAUACCCGAAACUACUCAACGACUUUCGACAGCCUCCUCCGGACAAACAUCCUAAAAAAUGGGCAACUGUCAACCCACUAUUGUCCCCUAUGAGGAUUUUGAUGUCGUUGCUGACAUCAAGGCCAUCCGCAAAGCCUGCAAAGGGCUCGGAACGGAUGAGCAGGCCAUCAUUGACAUCCUGGCGAACCGCUCUUCAUUUCAGCGUCAGGAAAUUAAACAGGCCUAUUUUGAUAAGUAUGACGAUGAGUUGGUGGACAAGCUGAAGAGCGAGCUGUCGGGGAACUUUGAGAAGGCCAUCCUCGCCAUGCUCGACCCCCCCGUUAUUUAUGCUGUGAAGGAGCUGAGGAAGGCCAUGAAGGGACCGGGCACUGACGAGGAUGUCCUGGUGGAGAUCAUCUGCACCGCCACCAAUGCUGACAUUGCCCUGUUCAAGGAAUGCUACUUUCAGGUGCAUGAACGUGAUCUUGAAGCAGAUAUCGAAGGAGACACAAGUGGGGAUGUGAGAAACCUGCUCACAUCUCUUUUGCAGGGCAACCGAGAUGAGAGCUACGAGGUGGAUGAAGGUCUGGCUGAAGAAGACGCUACCAGCCUGUUUGAGGCUGGUGAGGGACGUUUUGGGACGGAUGAGUCCACCUUCAGCCACAUCCUGGCCAGCAGGAAUUACCUGCAGCUCCAGGCCACUUUCAAGAUAUAUGAGCAGCUCUCUGGAACUGAAAUCCUAGAUGCCAUUGAGAAUGAGACUUCUGGGACGCUGAAGAAAUGCUACAUUGCUCUCGUGCGAGUUGCUAAGAACCCCCAGCUCUACUUUGCCAGACGUCUGAACAAGGCGAUGAAAGGAGCGGGCACCGACGAGGACACCCUUAUUCGCAUCAUUGUGUGCCGCGCUGAGUAUGAUUUGGAGACCAUCAAAGACAUGUACCUGGAGAAGUAUGACGUGUCUCUGAAGGACGCCCUGAGGGACGAGUGCGGCGGAGACUUCAAACGUCUCCUCUUGGCAAUCUGCCACUGAAAAUCGGGGAGGCAGUCAGGGCUAGAAGAUAGAAAACAGUGGCAGAAACAGCCGAGUAUGUUGGACCGAGGGCGCUGCUGUUUUCUGUCUAACACACUAACACUACUCAGUCUCUCCAUGUGGCAUUAUGUAGGGAAAAGGAGGGUGAAAGUGAUUAAAUAAUUAACCUGGCUCAUGUCUUUUUUUUAACUCUGUGAAUGUAGGUGGCUCUCAAUUUUUAACAUUUUUCACAGACAUUAAUAACAAAACCCUCGAACUGGAUUUACUCAUCUGUGUGUGAAUUGGGUCUACUAUGUCUGUUAAUUACUGCCCAUUUCUAGUGAAUUUUUAACAUCUGUACCAGCGUUUAUGUAGUAGCUAGUAUUCGCUGUGAACAAGGACCAAAUUUAUACAUUUCCAACAUUAACAGGAGCCGACUAAAGUCACACUGAUGCAAUUACAGUACACAGAGUGUGAUGUGAUCAGGAGGUUCAGGAGUUGAUGGGAUAAUCACAUUAUAAACGUACGACAUGUUCACUUGGAAAAAGAUGCUGCAUACACUUAAGUAAUCACAGUAGUGCUGCAUUAUUACCAUCUUAUAAGUAUUAUAUUGUUUUAGAUUAAAUAAUUCUGUAUCAUUUUUUUUAUUUUCCUAUUAUCUUUCACCCUCCAUACGCCAAACUCAGUGACUUCACUGCUGUUACAACUAAUGCAAUCACUCCAUAUGGCUUGAAAAUGACAUAAUGUGCUUUUAAAUGAAGAAAUGUGAAAGUUUGUACUGAAAGAAUAUUAGCUGGAAUCAUGAAGGAUAUGCAAAGUUAUAUGUGAAUGGAUUCUCCGAAUUUUCCUCGCAACUGACUCACAAAAGAGAUUUUAUAUUUUGUUGGUUGCUUAUUGAAAGAAACUAUGUAUUGAUUUACACUAUGUUGCCUUUUUGUCCUAUACUAAAAUUAGAAAGACUUGACAAAUCCACAUGCACCUCACCUUGUUAUAUAUUCGUUUGUAUUUUAUGACUAACGCAGUAGAGUGUUUAAUAUAUGGCAUUAUUUAGUUUGUUUGAAAUAGGCCAGAUAGUAUAUGAGAAGAAACCUGAUGACGUUUAGGUGAGCUGAACAUUUACAGCAACACCUGGAUCGUCUGAUGUCUUGUGUCAUUUAUGUGUCUCUAUUAAGGCAGCUGAGAUUUGUUCAAAUUACCACUAUUGUAAACAUUUUUGGAACAAGCUGAAUAGAGUGAGAUAGUUACAACAUCAACCAGGACAUCAGUGCAGUCAUGGGACUAGUGUUUGUCUCUCUCCAGCCAAAGAAUUUUGGUCUAACUGCAAAUAAAGUUCCCUGUAACGUCA